GGCCGGAGGCUCAUCAUCAUCUGGGUGUGGGUGAUGUACCUGGGGCAGUGCACCAAGGAUGUCAUCCGCUGGCCGCGGCCUGCCUCCCCGCCCGUGGUGAAGCUGGAGGUCUUCUACAACUCGGAGUACAGCAUGCCCUCCACCCACGCCAUGUCGGGCACCGCCAUCCCCCUGGCGCUGCUGCUGCUCAGCUACGGCCGCUGGCAGUAUCCCCUUAUGUUUGGACUGAUCCUUGCAUUCUGCUGGUGUUCUUUGGUUUGCUGUAGUCGAAUUUAUAUGGGAAUGCAUUCAAUUUUGGAUGUCAUUGCUGGAUUUCUGUAUGCUAUUCUCAUCUUAGUGGUCUUCCAUCCAGUUGUGGACCUGAUUGAUAACUUCAACUUAACUUACAAAUAUGCACCCUUAAUUAUCAUCAGUCUCCACUUAGCCUUGGGCAUCUUCUCUUUUACUCUCGACACCUGGAGCACAUCGAGAGGAGACACAGCUCAGAUACUGGGCUGUGGUGCUGGAGUAGCCUGUGGCUCUCACAUUAACUACAUAAUGGAUGUAAAGCUAGAUCCUCCACCUGAUACCUUACCUUUAUCUCUUUCCUCUCUCACUGUGACUGUGUUUGGAAAAGCCAUAUUACGGUUGUUGAUCGGAGUCAUAGUUCUGUUAUUAACCAAAAUAGCGAUGAAAAAAGCCACUAUUCCACUGGCAUGUAAGAUAUUUUGCAUCCCGCGUGACGAUGUCCGGAAAGCGAGGCAGCGCAUGGAAGUUGAGCUUCCCUAUCGCUAUAUUACGUAUGGAAUGGUUGGGUUCUCACUCAUGUUUAUUGUUCCUUGCCUCUUCCAUUUUAUUGGUCUUUCUUGA